CCCCAAUCCAAAGCGACAAUGCCACGACCAUAACACCCAUAAAAUCUGGUAGCUGUUUCACUCGAUAUUAUAAUUGCAGUCUGCAUAGCGAGGAGAUAUAGCAUUGUUAUGCAAGCACCCACUGUUGCAAUAGUCACAGAAUUGGAAGUUAGUGACCGACGCCUUCGCAACUGUUUCCCCUCAGCCAGCACCAAACCAGAAAGAAGGAAUAUACAAUUGAGAGGCUCCCGAAUCCGGAAAACGGGCGAGAUUUUGCUAUACACGAGAAUCGUGAAGCGUAUUUGCGAUAAUCUUUCUACACAAUGGCACAACCGUCCCCGGGCAAGACACCAACAGGCGUGGUGAUCCCUCGGACGCCCGCUGCUGCCAACGCCCCAGACCCAGAUUUGAGAUCUGAGAUAAACGCUCAGCUUAUAAAAGAUGGGCAUAUUGACCGCAUCCACAACCACCUCUCCCACAUCCUCUCCUCCGACGCCUCCAACUGGCCGACCCGCAUCCGACAACACGCGCUCACGCUCCUGCGCUCCCCCGACUCAGAAUGCGACACCUUCCCGAGAUUGAUGGAGCAGGUGAUGGCGGAUAUUAGGGAGGAUACUAAUGCGGCGAGGCGGGAGGCGGGGGCGAGGAAGAGGGCGGAGGAGAGGGGGGAGGUGUAUGCGGGGACGGGGGGGAGGGAUAGGAGGGGGGAGAGGGAGGGGGGUGGGUUGGAGAUUCCGGGGGUGGUGAUGGAGGAGGGGGUGAGGAUUACGAGGGAGUGUUUGGAGAUGGUUGUUGAGGUUAGGCCUUGA